AAGUACGUGCAUGUGACGUCACCUGCAGCAGAAAUAGCGUAGCAGUAGGAAGAGUGAGUCAGUGCUGCAGCGCAGCUUACGAGAGAGGUUCAGCGCGCUGUAACGGCGAUCUUCAGCUACGAUGACCGGAAGCUUCUUCCGAGUAGUUACUCUGUUGUUGGUGUUGGCACUAGAAACCUUUGGCUCGAAGAUACUGGUGGUGGUCCCAACGCCAUCUCACAGUCAUCAGACGCAGUUCCGCAUAUUAACGAAUGCUUUACUUGCAAAGGGCCACGAGGUCACUUUAUUUACUGCAAGACCUCUAAAGACUUCCCAGCAAAACCUAACAGAGGUUGACAUAUCUCAAACCACCAAACUGAAAAACGACUUUGUUGGUUUGGCUGACAAAUCACCUGAGGAAACUCUUCCAGAUCUCAGAGAUGUGGGAUAUGAGAGGGCUCACUUUCAACUCAAUGAGCCAGCUGUACAAGAUUUCAUCAGGUGCCAAUACUGCAAGUCUUCCUAAAGUAAAUGACUUCCAGAAGCACGACUCCAUCCUCCGAAAGGACUUCCGGAGAAACCACACGUUCGACCUGGUGAUCUUCGAGCGGAUGCCCUACCAAGCCUACUACGGACUGUUCCACAGGGUCGGAUCACCUCCUCUGGUCGGCUUUGUCACAUUCUCUGCUCUUGCACCCACGUACCAUACCUUGGGAAAUGCCAUGAACCCGGCUUACCUGCCCGAGGUCUGGGUUGGUCUCUCUGAUCACAUGACCUUCUGGCAGCGCUUGUACAACACCUACUUCUACCUGAGGUUAUACCACACUUGGUUCUACCAAGUGCUCCCGGAACAGGAGUCUAUCAUGAGAGAAGUCUUCGGAAAUGAACCACCUUCGAUUUACGAAACUGAGCGCAACUACAGUUUGCUCAUAGUCGGCAACCAUUUCUCCCUGGAGUACCCCCGACAGCAGCUGCCGGACGUUAUAGAGAUUACUGGCAUCCACGUAUCGACCAAGAUCGAGAAGUUACCAAAAAAUAUCCAAGAUUUCUUAGACGGAGCGGAGCAUGGCGUCGUCUACUGCAGCCUUGGUUCCAACGUACGAAGCAAGGAUCUUCCGUUGGAGAAGAUACAGGCCCUCGUGGAGGCGUUUAGAGAGCUACCGCAGCGCGUCGUCUGGAAGUGGGAGAACGACUCCCUGCCUUCACAGCCGGAGAACGUGAUGGUCAGCAAGUGGCUGCCGCAGCAGUCCAUACUGGAUCACCCGAAAGUCCGCCUCUUCAUAUCGCAGGGAGGUCUCCAGAGUAUGAAUGAGGCGACGUACCACGCGGUUCCACUGCUGGUCAUUCCCUUCUUCGGUGAUCAGCCACACACCGCGGCCAAGGUCGCCCAGGCGGAGAUCGGCGUCAGAUUACAGUUCAGGGACCUCACCAAGGACUCCCUGAUACGUUCUAUACGUACCGUCCUGGGGAAUACAAAAUACGCAGACAACAUGAAGCGACUGUCGGCCGUGUUUCGCGAGCACAGGGCGGACUCUCUGGAGCGUGCCGUGUGGUGGGUGGAGUACGUGAUCCGCCACAGGGGGGCCCCACACCUGCGCAGCGCCGCCCUCGACCUGCACUGGUGGCAGCUGCUGCUGCUCGACGUCGUCGCCUUCCUGCUGGUGGUCGCUGCCCUCACACUCUGCCUCGUCUACUUCGUCACGCGGCGGGCAGUCUCCUUCUUCAAAGGCAGCAAGCAGAAGCAGAAGAAGCAGUGACGCACCCAUGAACUAUUCUAGACUCUUUUCCACCAACACUAUACGUUGAGAAGCAUUUACAGACUAGCGUCUCUCUGAAAAGUUUUUCUGUGAAAUAACACCAGAGUUCAUAUCACAUUAUGUGCAGAGUGAAUCUGAUCAAAUGUCGUACGUUCUUCGAGGAUAUCUUCCCAGUAGUUUGAUACUGGAGAUCCUGGUAUCAGUGACUCGUUGCAGACUAGCUGCACUUCGUACGAUACAUAACCCCAUUUUUACUUGUAUAUGAAUUGCACUGAAAAUAUCGGCACACAUUGCAGUUGUAGACAGUAUUCACUGUUCGUCCUGUUAGGAAGUAAACUAGGUUCCAUUCACUUGCUCCUGAUAGCAGUAACGCCCACUUUACUCUUUUUCCUCAACCUUGCAUUCAGUACUGCUCGGUUCGGUCUCUGGUUUGUUUCUCCGGCGGCACUAGUUGUACGUUUUGGUACACAGCAGUGUGGAUAGGUUUAUAGCGACGAGUUGGUCGAUCUACAUAGCGUGCUCGGAUUCCCUGAAUGCAGUGCAACACCGCCAUGACGACUCUAUGCUGUCGCAGGAACAGCACCCGCGGUACUUUCGCAUCUGUACAUAGGCAACGUAACAAAGUGGGUAGUUCUGUAUUAAAAUAGACGAUAUUUAAGUAUUUUCCACUACUGUGACAUUUUCACAAAAAAAGGCAACUGGCAUAACAAACCGAAUAUAGUAUUAUAUUAUACUGUAUUAUUAUUAUAUGUAUUAUAAUUAGAUUUUCAAGUUGAAACAGAACCACCAGAGUAGGGCGAAACUGGACGCAGCAUUAUGAUUUGAAAUCUCAAGUUAAAUUGUAUAAUCUCUAAUACUAAAUUUGUAUUGUAGCUCUGGAUGCAUUUGCUUGAGUUACUUAGAUUUUACGUGCUAAAUAAAUGCGUAGUAAGAAUACGGA